AUGCCGCACGAUCUCGAGCCGUCUCUCAAUGAGAAGGCAUUUGUCGGCCAGGCGCUACAGGACGGCCUGCGCCUCGACGGCCGCGGUUUCGAGGACUACCGCCCCAUCAGCUUGAGUCUCGGCGAAGAAUACGGCGUCGCCGACGUGCGGCUGGGCAACACAAGAAUCUUUGCGAAAGCUACCGCCGAAGUGACCGUCCCGUACUCUGACCGGCCGUUUGACGGCAUCUUCAACAUUGUCACCGAACUCAGCCCCAUGGCCUCGCCCGCGUUUGAGGCUGGUCGGCCCAGCGAGACCGAGGUGCUGCUGUCCCGGGUCCUCGAGAAGACGCUGCGGCGGUCCGGCGCCCUGGACACCGAGUCGCUGUGCCUGUCCGCCGGGCAAAAGUGCUGGUCCGUGCGUGUGGACGUGCACGUGCUGUCGCACGACGGCAACCUGGUGGAUGCGUCGUGCCUGGCAGUCGUGGCGGCGCUGCGGCACUUCCGCAAGCCCGAGACGAGCAUGGAAAGCGGCGUGCUGACGGUGUACACACCGGCAGAGCGCGAGCCGGUGCCCCUGAGCUGGCUGCACUCGCCGUUCUGUGUGACGUUUAGCUACUUUGGAGAGGAGGCCGAGGUGGCGCUGCUAGACGGCACGCUCCUCGAAGAGCAGACGCGGGUGGGCAGCUGCACGAUCAGCCUGAACCGGCACGGCGAGAUCUGCCAGAUUGCCAAGCUGGGGGGCACACCUGUGGAGGCGGUGUCGCUGCUCAAGUUGACACAGGUGGCGCUGCAAAAGGCGAGGGAGUUCUCCACGAUUGUGGACAAGGCACUGGCGGGCGAUGCCAAGCGGCGAGACAAGGGCGGGCUGAUAGCCGAGCUGUCGGCCGAGAACGAGCGGUAA